GAAAGGGCAUAGAUCGUCUCCAGUCUUCAAAACAGGCGGCAGAACUCUUUCUCUCUCUCUCUCAGUCCACCAUCGACGACGACUAGCACCGCUCUAUCUCUCUCUCUACCAGAAAACGAAAUCCCGGUUAUUGAUUGAACCGAUUAAUCAGAAUGAGUAACGAGCUUUUCGACAUCGAUCCUAUCGAACUUCAAUUCCAUUUUGAAUUGAACAAACAGAUCUCUUGCUCUCAGUAUUUGACUAACAAGACCGACAGUUACGUGGCCUUCAAGGUUAAAACGACGAAUCCAAAAAGAUAUUGUGUGAGGCCUAAUAUUGGCGUUGUUCUUCCUGGAUCCUCUAUCGAAGUUGUAGUGAUCAUGCAAGCGCAAAAGGAAGUUCCGGCUGAUAUGCAGUGCAAGGACAAGUUCUUGGUUCAGUGUUUUGUGGCUAGUCCCGGGGCUAUUGCCACAGAAAUUACUACGGAGAUGUUUAACCAGGAGGCAGGGCAUCGAGUUGAGGAGACCAAACUGAGAGUUGUUUAUGUUGAUCCACCACUACUACCAUCACCUGAGCAGUUGAAGCGCGGAAGCAAUAGAAAUCAGAGUGGUGGUGGGAUCCUGAUACGUACGAGAUGGUAUAUUUCCGCAAGGGGCUUAAGGAGAAGGACAGUGAAAGGAGGGGAAGUGGCAAUACAUGGUUAAAAGGGACAGAGGAAGUCAACCUAACUACGGAACUUGUGGAGAUGAGGGUAAAUACUCGGGCGGAAAAGGUGGCUUUGCACGAGGGAUCGUUAUCUUAAAUGAAUGUGUGUUCUGAGCAGGUCUGGUCCUAUUUGGACGCCUAAAGCACACAAAAAUAUUUAUAUCCUAAAUCAUUACACUAAAAAAUAUUGAUGUCCGAAAUUUUUUAUAUAAUUAUUGGAUAGCUUUAUUUACAAGGUUUCGAG